AAGAUAAUGAAGCACUUACUAACAACACUCUGCUUCUGUUUGGUGCCUACUAGUUUCGGAGCCAAAUUACCCACUAGUUUUAAAAAAUGUAACUUAAAACAAAUCUCCUCGCGUUUGUGUUUGCCGAAAGCUAUUGAAAGUGCCAUAAAACAGAUGGAUCAUCCCAUAAAAGAAUUGGGCUUAAUACGUCUAGAACCUGUGGUGAUACCGUCACUGAUUAUAGACGCCGGCUCUCAGUAUGUGACUUCUAAGCAAAUUUUCGAAAAUCUAAAACUGUCUGGUUUUAAUGAAACUUCUUGUUCCAAAGCCGAAUUUAGUUAUAAAGAGAAAACUCUAAGCCUGGAGUGCGUGGUGCCAAAUUUCCGAAUGGAUUUCAAUUAUGAAGUACAUGGACAAGUUAUGCUGGCGUCUGUUUAUGGAAAUGGGACGGGAUGGAUUAUUUUCCACGCCGGUUCUCAAUACGUGCACACUAAACAGAUUUUUAAAAAUCUGAAACUAUCUGGUUUUAACGAAACUUCCUGUUCCAAAGCCGAGUUUAAUUAUAACGAAAAAAUAUUAGACCUAGAGUGCGUCGUGCCAAAUUUCCGAAUGGACUUCAACUAUGACAUACAUGGGGAAGUUUUGAAGGUACCUGUUUAUGGAAACGGGACGGGAUGGAUUAUUUUCCGCGAUAAUCAAUUUCGACUUACUUUUGAACUUGGAGAAUAUGAAAAGAACGGUGAAAAAUAUUUUAAUAUAGUUCACCAGCAACUUAAGAUGCAAGCCAAGGAUAUUGAUUUUGACGUUCAAAACUUGUUUGAUGGUGAUGAAGAAUCAGCAAGUCGUGUCAAAAAGUUAAUAAAAGACAAUAUCUUAGAGUUAUUUGAUGAUAUCAAACCUGGUUAUGAGGAAGCUUUUGGAAAGAUAUUUGCCUAUAUUUUUGAACAGAUUUUGGAGAAGGUGCCUAUUUAUGAUAUUUUCAGCUAA